CUUUUUCAGAUUCAAUCCCAACAAAAUAAUUCAUUUAAUUCUACGAGUAUCCCGAGAGAAGAAAAAAAAAGUUGCAAAGAUAUUUUGGCAAUCCUAAUAAUCUCAACGAUGUAGCUUUUAUUGUUAAACUUUAGCGUUUGUUAUGGAAGAAAGAAAAGUAGCGACGCAAGGGAGUCCGACAAUAAUCGCAAUAUUAGAUGGCCACACACAUUGCCAGCAUCCAUUCUCUCCAUCGUUGAUUGGAUCGGUGAGGCGCGAGCGAUAGACUUUAGUGGACGCGCGCGCUCGCGCGCGAACAGCCGAUACCGGUGGUAGAGAAGAGACGAGAGGGUGUUUUCAGGACGAGAGAAGAGAGCGUCUAUGGCGAGGGAUGACAACGGCAAAUACGUGGGGUGAUCGAAGAACUAUGGUGGGGCUGGACGAUGAGCGGCAUACCGGCAACGGACGGCGCGAGUUAUGGUGGUGAACGAUGCCGAUGGAUGGUGGGGUUGAAAAGUAGCGCGGCCAUUUACGGUCGCGAUAAACCGCACCUGUGAUCAGUCGGAGCGACGACGAAGAGCAUCCGGAGAGCGGAACAACCAGACGGGAUGAUCGCUCUUGACGUGACACCGAGAAGCGACGCUCGCGACGAGAACCGAGACAAACAGUAUCUCUCUUUGCGACGAACGAAGACUGAAUUCGAUUAACGAACUGUGAUCUCCCUCGAUGAGAGUUCCAGUAUAGCUACUUUUUCGCGAAACGGAGGAAGAGAUAGAGGAGAAGAAGCUCCUGUAACUGAGAGGGAUCCGUGUUUAUCCCGUAAACUUUGUUUGAGAAGUUUAAGCUGGAAUGCUGUGUCACUGUCGUCGAAGCUGAGAGCCAAAGGUUCCCGCGGCGGAAAACUGGGUCUAGUGAGGAUAAAUUUCCUCGCGGCGGCAGAUUACGCCGGCUGAAUGGAGAACGACGGUGUUGUGACAAAAGAGUUCUUGAAAGAAAGAAACAGCUGUUUGGCGGAAAAAUUUUCGCCGAUCGCGAACCCGAGAGGCCAUUGACGGAGAUAUAAAUCGCUGCUUCCAGUACGACGACUUAUCCAUCUGUUUCGUCGAAUAUUAUGACGAUAAUAAGGGUCACGUAACCGAAUCACGUGAACAACGUCGCGAACAAACAGAGUGUUGUCGAAAAAUGAGUUCUUUGCGGAGGACAAUCAAUCAGUCGGCGAGGGAAGGCACGUCCAUGAGAAGACACGCUCUCUCCGGGCCCACCACGAAGAGCAUGAAGAAUGUUACCCACGCGAACGCGGUGCCGGCUUCGCCGCUGCGAUAUAGAACCAAAUACGAACUGCGAAGCAUCAGUUUGGAGGGCAACAAGGUGCUACCAUGGACCACCAGAUCUACUACGGACGCGAUAACGAGGCGAGGAGUCCUAUCGAGACGAUGCUACGGCAGUGUCGAAAUGCUGCCGCAGAUCGAGCAAGACGGUGCCGACAAUGGUAGAAGAUUUCGAGUGGAGAACGGGGACUCCCCUGGAGAAAAGGAAGAGAUGUUCGGUUCGCCGAGUACGCCGAUACUAGAAAAUCCGGAGUACCAAACGCGUUGGUACUUUAAAUACUUUCUGGGCAAACUGCAUCAAAAUUACAUCGCCUCCGAUCAAGAGAGAAAUCCUCUCUUCCUCUCAGUAGUUACAAGCGAAGUCGGUGAUCAAUGCGUACCGCACUACAGAGUUAUUUUAUGGAGGCGAACUGGCGCGCAGAAAAUAUCGUUGCCGUAUUCGGCGAACAAGACAAUGACCAUCAGGCAGAUCCUCAGCAAUUUUUUCGGUCUGGAGAAACUCGAUAAAGCUCCGCGAGAAGUUUUCACGCCCGAACUCCAAAAGGAUCUAUUGCUGCUCGAGGAACAAGAAGGCUCAGUGAAUUUCAAGUUUGGCGUAAUUUACGCGAGAGAAGGUCAGACCACCGACGACGAGAUGUUGUCUAACGAAAGAGGUAGUCCGGGCUUCGAGACCUUCCUGGAGAUCCUGGGUGAGCGAAUACGGCUCAAAGGCUGGGACAAAUACAGGGGCGGCUUGGAUGUGAAAGGAGAUAUGACUGGCAAGGAAAGUUACUACACGGUUUAUGCAGGUCACGAAGUUAUGUAUCACGUUAGUACGAUGUUACCGUAUUCAAAAGAUAAUCCGCAGCAGCUAGAGAGGAAGAGACACAUCGGCAAUGAUAUCGUCAACAUUAUCUACGCGGAUGACCCGUCAACCGUGGAUACGUUCAAUCCGAACUGCAUAAGAAGCCAAUUUACUCACGUGUUUGCCGUGGUGACGACCGAGGCGAACGGCAAGGGGUGGCGGGUCGCUAUUUAUUGCGACGAUAACGUACCCCUAUUCGGCCCGAGCCUACCCUGCCCGCCGGUAUUCGAGGAUCCGUAUAAUCUUCGAGAAUUUCUUCUCGUUAAAUUGAUCAACGGCGAGAAGGCUACGUUCGACACCCCGACAUUCUCCAGGAAAAGGGAGAGAACCCUCGACGCCCUAUUGCGAGAUAUGUACCAGGAGCACUCGCAGGAGAGCAAGAGCAACAGCAUGCUAAAUCGGCGAGCGCUCUCAGAUGUCGUCGAGGCGCCGGGUCGACGACGAGAGGAGACACGUGCAGUCGAGAUGGUGCGAGUCGGACAAGCCUUGAAACUGGAAGCUAUUAUGCGCGGUCUCGCACCUACCUCUCUUGCCACCGUCGGUCCCCUGAAACCCAGACCAUGGGAACCGAGAUGCAUCUAUCCCGAUUUUCCCCACGAGGUCGUUUGCGGUGACGUCUGGCUGGAGAAUAGACUGAUCCUCGCCUCGGAGAAUGGCACGUUUCUCAUCGAAGACGGACUCUCGCACAGAUUGAUCUUCGACGAGUCGGUGCAGAUCAAGCAACUGGAUGUGGUCGAGCAACACGGGAUACUCUUGUUCCGCGCCAGCGACAAGGGCAAAGAAAACAGCGUGUACGUUUUCCGGCUACGCGAGUUCGAGAGCGACGCGUCCGCGAGAUGCGCCGAGCUGUUCAACGAUCGCGAGAGCGAGGAAACGCGGGAGAAGGAGGAGAACGACGUCGACGACGAAGACGCCGAGGACGACGAUGACGAUUGCGAGGAAGAUGACGCCGACGAGUGCGACAAUUUCACCCGCGCCACCGCUCGAUUUCAACCGGUGACGCGUUCGCGGGCGCGGACGCGCGUUCGCGCCCCGGCUGUCAGGAGCCGGGCUCAUAUCAAGGAGAGGAAACUACGGCGUACGCGAGGAUGUCACUUGUACAGCAUCACCAGGCCCGGAGGCUCGCACCUACGCAUGUGCGUAGUCGUCGGUCGCCGAUUGACAGUCCUUCAAUGGAAGCACAACGCAGCUUGGACCAUCUGGUGCUCGUCAGCUGAUACCGACACCGUCGAUGGUUUUCUGCCACUGAAGGAAUUCACUGCGAGCGAAACACCUACGUUGGUGACGAUGAUCGAGAGCACCGAUCCGACGAACGAAUGGACGUUGUGCUGUGGCGCCCGCCAUCAUUUUGAGUUGAUCUCCGCGUGCGGAGUUUCGAGGAUCAUCCAUCUGGAGGCGAGUCCCAAGCCGAAUUUGGUAGCGGCGUUGGAUCUUCGCGAAGACGAGGAGCCGGAACUGUUACUGUGUUACAACAAUACAUGUCAUUUUCAAAAACUGAUGGAAGAGAACGCUGCGCCAACCGAGUUCGACUUCAACUGGAAUUCGAUACCGAUAGCCGUAGCCUGUGCCUUUCCAUACGUCAUCGCCUUCACCAGCGACACGAUGGAGAUUCGACUGAUAAUAAACGGUAAUCUGGUUCACACGAUCGCCAUGCCAAAUAUCAGCUUGAUCACUUCGAAGCGGGAUAUAUUCUUUGCGACCACGGCUCCGGAAUUCUUUCCGGGAAAAUGUGAGCGAAUUCGAUUGGACUCGAAACCUCUCGAAAAGGAGGAGAUGCCGUGCAGCCCACCGCCCACCGGACAAUCUUCGUCCUCAUCUCGAUCGAUUUUUCAAAACAGUCAGGGUGAUUGGAAACCGAUAAGAAUCUAUCGGAUACCUCUGCAGACGUUGUCGAGAAACGCAGGAUCCAACUGCAGCCAGAGGAGAUGCCCGAGUCCCGCGGAACCGGAGAUCGUUUCCGCACCACCCACCACGGACCGUACCUUCCUGAACGUCGAGCCGCAGCGUGCGUUUAGCAGAUCCUGCAGCAGCAGUCCUACACCCACACCGACCACGAAUUUGCCGUCGUCGUGUAGCAAAUAGAGCGCUAUAAUUGUUGGCGAGUUCGCCAAUCGAUUACAUUAGUCUCGCGAUCCUUCGCAGAAGAACGAUCGCGAAAAAAAGAAAAAGAAAAAAAGACCGACCGCACGUACCUGACUUUCUCGUCCUCUUCUCGUACGAGAGAGAACAUACGGAAAUCUUUGUCAUUGUUACGCAUUGUUAGCGCGUCGCGUUACAUAUAUAUCUUGAAUGUAAGUGCGAUAUCGCAUAAAUUAUUUGAGUAGAUUUUACGACGGAGAUAAAUACCUUCAUCAUUGAAGCCUUGUAAUUAUUAUUUUUCUUCAUUUUUCAAAAACAUUAAUUUCGAUAUUUUACUGUUAUUAAUUUUUACUAUUUAUUUUUUUGUAUAUAUUAUUUCGUUUUUGGUUUAUUACAAUACGCAUUACCUGCGAUAUUUUGUAUUUAUUUUAAUCCUGCGUCUCUAAUAUUCACAAAGAGACUAGAUUAGAAUUUAAAUUUUGGAAAAAAAGCGAUUCCAAAUAUUUGGAUACUGAGCUGCGCUCUAAUCCCUUUUCAAUUUUACAGUUUUUUUUUUCUUUGAUAAUAAUACAAUGUAUGUUUUUGAAGUAGCCAUCUUUUUUAAUAAAUUAAGCUAAUUUUACUUCAAGUCAUUCGCGUAAUUAGGAGGUUUAAUGACGUCGUGAAAACGAUGAUACAUUGACAUCUUUUCACUUCUGGAUUUUUGUUCAAGUGAGCAUCGUAUAUCAUAGUUCCUCAUUGUUUCAUAAAAUCGAUUUUAAGCAGUAGGAUCUAGGAUCUAAACUACCGUUGUAUUAGUCAACGUUGAAAAUGUUUCUGAUGUACUCUCGAUACCGUGAAUCAAACUCAACACGCACUUAAAAUACGCGUUGGAAAGGGCAUUUUUUUUUAGAUGCGCGUUAGCUCGAUGAAUCAUACAUUUCUUCGAACGUAGAGGAGGAGGUAUGCGAGGAAUGUCCGAUCGGAAUGACGAUCGUUGAAUCGAUCCCCGAGGAUCGGGAUCGUCACGCUGAGUUCCUCCUCGCAUCUGUGUGAAUUUAUUUUCAUUGAAUGAAAACCAUAACAUUCCGAGACAUGCAAAUGAGUGUCGAUGUUUACGCGUCGUGUGUAUAUAAUAUUAAAUAACAAAUAAAAUAUAUAUAUAUAUAUAUAUUAUAUAUGUAACUGUUGCAUUUCCACCGAAAGUGAUAAAACAGUAUUUUUUCAAUACUUAUCUCGCGCCUUUCUUUCUAUGAUCGUAUUGCGCUUCGAUCUAUAAUCAUAUAUAUAUAUAUACAUAAGAUAAUAUUUCUCUAAAUCAAUAAAUCCAUCCAAUUGUUUUAUCGUAGGUAUAUUUUAUAAAAAUGUAUGUUGAUAUUAUUAUCUAUUGUAUAUCAGUUUGUUGAAUCAUUGCUUCUUGAAAUAAAUUUCACAGAAUCGCGCGUUUAUAUUAUUAGACUCGAUAACGAUAAUAUAAGUAAUUUACUUGAAAAAAAAGGUAUAUAUAUCAUGUCAUGUUGUAUUUCUGUCAAAUUCCACGAUAACGUAAAUUUAUAAAGAAGUUAAAAUGAAUUAAAUUUACAAGAAACAGAAA